UCAGCUUGCAUCUUUUCGAAGAGUAAGCAGCUGCUCUCGGCCCUCAGGGCUCAUUCCUCCCGCUCUGCACUCUGACGAAGCAGUAGACAGCAACUCUGGAGAAGGAAAAAACCAGCGAAUAAGCGAAACAGAGUGAAAUGAGAUUCAACUUCGAGCUGACUGAGUCGAACGUGGAUCCGUCUCGACAAUCCCUAACACCCAAAGAAGAGGUCCAGUGGGUUCCACUCAACUCUCACCCGCUUUUCACUUCUCUAGACGACGGAGACGCCGCUGCUCAAGCGCCGAGGAACCUCUUGGCAUGGGACGGGUCUUCUAGGUUGUAUUAUUGGGAUUCGAGAAAGCACUGUCUCCACCGCAUUUCUAUUCGGCUCGGCGAGCCAGAACCUACGUCUGUCCUGGCUUCUACUCCUUCAAAGGUUUUGCUAGCAGAUGUGCAGAUUGACUUUGUGGUUAAUAAAAUCUCCAUCAAUAGAAAUGGCUCUGCAUUGGUUUUGGCUGGUUUGGAUGGCCUAUGUGUUAUGUACCUCUAUGGACGGACUUCUGACAAAGACAAAGCCAUUGUUUGUAGGACUGUUUCAGUUGGUUCCCAAAUCUAUUUCAAUGAAAGCAAUUUGAUACGUGCAUUGCAAGUUGCAUGGCAUCCUUACAGUGAUACACAUAUAGGAAUCCUUUCUUCUGACUCUGUUUUCAGGAUUUUUAAUUUGUCUUCAGAUCUCCUGCAACCAGAGCAGGAGUUUUAUCUACAGCCAGUUGAACCAGGUAGAUCUAGACGUGCUGCAUCAAUAUGUCCUGCGGAUUUUUCUUUUGGAGGAGACCACUUGUGGGACAGGUUUAGUGUUUUUGUUUUAUUCGGUGAUGGUUCAGUUUAUAUCCUUUGCCCAAUUGUUCCAUUUGGAAGUGUUCACAAAUGGGAGUCAAUAUUGGAGAUAUAUAGUGAUGCCCACACAUUUGGCCUGAAAUCAGCAAAUCAGACGGCUGUUAGUAACUCUAAUCUAGCAAUCUCUUGGUUGGAAGCAACAUUUCCUGAGUUUAAUAAUGAGGCAAUGGACGGGGAAAAUCUUUUGGCAUUAAAAGCUCGACCAUAUGCUUUAUUUGAUGCAUCACUUUGUUUACAGGGGCCUCUACAGAAAGUACAUCAUCGCGGGGAAGCGCACACGGCUGUUCGGGGUGUGGAAUGUGAAGGUCAUGCAGUUAGUUUCCUGUAUAAUGUUGUCAGCAAAGAUUCAAUUUUGGUGACCGCAUGGAGUGGGGGGCAAUUGCAAAUAGAUGCCCUGGCUGAUGAAAUCCAGCCAGUCUGGACUAUUGGUAGCCCACCUCGUCUUCAUGUUGAUUCCCAUGACCAUAUUCUUGCUCUUGCUAUGAUUUGUGAAUUAACCUCAAGCGAGAUUCCUGUUGUGAAGCUUGAUCAACCAAUUGAUCAUACCGUUUGGUUAAGUCAUCCACCUCCAUUGCUGAGACUUGCAAUUGUGGAUUUGGCUUUACCAAGGAAAACAGAAAGUGGAUCUAAUAUAAUGAUGUUUGUGGAUCCCCUCAUGCCUGAAAGAAUCUAUUCAGUUCAUAAUGGUGGGGUAGAUUCAAUAUUGUUGCAUUUUCUUCCAUUUACCAGUCAGUCCAGUGGGAAGGAAGAGACUGUCCGAACUCCCUCAGUGCAUCCUGUCCUUAGCACAUGCCAGACAGAUAAUUCCUCGCCCCUAUGUGGUUUUGAGGCAUUAUCAGAUUCAUUUGGAUACUCAUGGAUUAUGGGAGUCACCUCCAUGCAAGAAUGUUUUGUGCUAGAAAUGAAAACAUGGAAUUUAUUGCUUCCAAUACAUGUGGACAUGGAGAAGAAAUCUCCAAUCUCUGAAGAGUUGAAAGAGGAAGACACUCCAGACAUCAUAAGCAAAGAACUUCUUAGUGGUCCUAAGGUAGUUCUUGUUCCUCAGGCCUCACCAAAUCUUCGAUCUGUUGCUGCUGAUUCUAUUGAAGGCCGAUCAACUCUGCAUCAGUAUUUCAAGCUUUUUCAUGAAAAUUAUGUUGAAUAUGCUCAUAAGGUGUUUUUUGAGCUCAAGCACCAUGGGCCUCAGUUGAAGAGAAUUGUUGAUGUCCAGCAUGCUCGCUUGAGGGAGGCACAAGAGAAGCUGUUGAAAGUGGAGGAGAAACAAUCAGGAUUAGAGGAGAGGAUCAAUCAUGCAAUCCAGGUACACAAUCUCCUGGAAAAACGCUUGGAACGCUUAAGGAAUUUGCCUGGGGCUCACAAGAAACCUUUGUCGAGAGCUGAACGUGAAUUUAAGUCAGAGCUUGAUCACUUUACAGGAGUUGAAUUGGACGCUUUGCAAAAUUCCAUCGACACUUUAAAAGCUAGGUUGAGAAGGCACACACAGUCAUCGAAAGCUAAUGUGUUGAAUCAGCCAAGGCAAUUGUCAGGGAAGAAUUAUGUCCAAGAUAUCCAAAUGUCCCAACUGAAAUCUUCACUAGCUAAACUCUCACUUGUCAACAGUGAAAACUCAAAAAAGGUUAAGCUUGUUGAAUCUGCACUUAAAAGUCGGGAAAGCAGUAGAUGAUGAAACAAACCAACUUUUCUUUCUUGUCUUGAGAUAUUUGGUUUCCCAUGUUGGUCUGCACUGCAAGAAUGGUUCCGCUGCUAUGUGCUUUUAUAUGUGCUUUUAUAUUGGACCAUGUUGUGCUUGGACCGACACUCGAAAACUUGAUUUUGGGUGCUUUGGUGCAAAGGUUUGUAAGUUAUCAGUUAGCACCAUGUAUUUUGGCAUGCUUACGUAGGAAAGAUGGUUUGAACAGGACCUUGUACUGUUGCAGAAAAGUAUCAAACGUACAGGUCAGAAUUCCUCUCCACAUUUGUGUCGACUUUUAGUCCCUUUGUUCAAGUUGUGACAGUAAUACUUGCAAUAUAUUAUUAAGAGUUCUAGCC